GGGGGCCCCAGAACCCCGGCUCGACGCCCCGAGUUCUUGCACCCGGGCCCGGAGACUGCGACCCCGAGGGGCACCACUUGGAUCCCGAGGCACCGGCACUAGCAGGCCUUGUCGGUCAGGUGACCCCGCAGCCCCGGUCUUUCCAGGCCUCAGUUUCCCCACCUGCUGCCUGAGAGUAGCGGUCUGGGUGCUGACGACGGUCCUGGCAUUGUGGAGCCCAUCCCCAGAGUUUCUGGUCUCGGUCCAGUUUCGGGCCCUUUAGGUCGGGUCGUAUAUUCUGCUCUCCAGCCCUCCCGGAAUCCGCUGGGUAGCUUUUCCGCAGGUUCUCCCCUCCGGGGCUGCCGCUUUGCCCUUUACCUGGAUCAAAAUGCCCUGUCGCUCCCAGAGGCUGGUCUCCUCCCGCCCUCCCCUCACCUUUGCGCAAGCCCCUGGCGCCGCCGUCACCCCACUUCCCUUCGCCGUCACCCUGCCGGAGAAGUUUAGAUGAAUGUGGCAUUUGCUUUCUACCUUCCAGUGGGAUUCUUUGUUCCUCAAACUUUCCUCACUUCUUGGUCACUCCCCCUACGGAGUGGGAAUUCAGAUGCACCCCUUUGGGCCAGCUGUGUUAUGGGGAGUGGUCAACCCUCCCCAUCCCAGGACUUGUGGGAGGAUCUUUGACUACCUAUUUAAGCUGCUUUUGAUUGGUGACUCGGGCGUGGGCAAGUCCUGCCUGCUCCUGCGGUUUGCUGAUGACACAUACACAGAGAGCUACAUCAGCACCAUCGGGGUGGACUUCAAGAUCCGAACCAUUGAGCUGGAUGGCAAAACCAUCAAACUUCAGAUCUGGGACACAGCUGGUCAGGAACGGUUCCGGACCAUCACUUCCAGCUACUACCGGGGGGCUCACGGCAUCAUCGUGGUGUACGACGUCACCGACCAGGAAUCCUAUGCCAACGUGAAGCAGUGGCUACAGGAGAUCGACCGCUAUGCCAGCGAGAAUGUCAAUAAGCUCCUGGUGGGCAACAAGAGCGACCUCACCACCAAGAAGGUGGUGGAUAACACCACAGCCAAGGAGUUUGCAGAUUCUCUGGGCAUCCCCUUCCUGGAGACGAGUGCCAAGAAUGCUACCAAUGUCGAGCAGGCGUUCAUGACCAUGGCUGCUGAGAUCAAAAAGCGGAUGGGGCCUGGGGCAGCGUCAGGGGGUGAGCGGCCCAACCUCAAGAUUGACAGCACCCCUGUGAAGCAGGCUGGUGGCGGCUGUUGCUAGGAGGGGCUCGUGGGGUGGGACCGGAGGUGGCACCUUCUCCAGAUGAUGCCCCUGGAGGGGGCAGGAGGUACUUCCCUCUCCCGGGGCAUUUGAAUCUGUGGCUUUGGGGUGUCCUGGGCUCCCCAUCUCCCUCUGGCCUGUCUGCCUGCCGCCCUGCGCCCCGGUUCUGUCAGGGCCCCCAAGAGAGGACACCCAGGACCUUUGGCUGGGGUGAGGGUGCGGGCUUGCUCUGCUGCUGCCUCUGGGUGACUUUAAAAGAUACCCCACCACACACCUUUGGGAUGAGGGCUCUCCUCUGUCUGUCUCCCUCCCCCUGCCCCCCGUGUAUGCUGCAGUGGGUUUCUCUCCUUACUCUUCUUCCUCCCCUCCCCUGCGCCACCCCCCUUCCCCAGGAGCCGAGGGCCUCCCUGGCCUCUACUGCCCCUGGCUGUAGUCAGCACCUGGGGCCAGGAAUGGGACCAGGGGAUCCAGGGCCCUGGAAUGCAGGGCCCUGGGCUGGACCUCAGGACGGGCAUGGGGCCACAGGGGCCCAGCAGCCCACUUUCCUCUCCUCCCUGCCUCCCCCCGACACACACACUCACAGCUCGAGCCGUCCAGCUGCGGUGGGGUCUGAGCACAUCUAGGGCAGGUGGGUGGGCAGCCGCGCUGGGCCUGUGUCUUGAGCCCAGAGGGAGCCUGCUCCUGCCACUCCCUGCCCUGCCAGAGCCAGGCCCGUGUGCUGCCUGCCCACCAUGCCCCUUUGUCCCCAAGGCAGGCGGAGGCGGAAGGCCCACCGUGCCAGAGGCUGGGCACCAGCCUUAACCCUCACUCUGCCAGCACCUCCUCCCUUUCCCUGAGGCAGCACAUCUGGCUUAUUCUCCCCCUUCCGUCCCUUGGAGCCUAUGAGGGCGGAUCCUCAUCCUCUGUCGCUACUUCUCUGGGAAUGUGGGUGCAACCCAGGGUGGGGGGGGCCUCUCCACUUAACUCCCUCCCACCCAGGAUGCUAGCCCCCUGCCUCUGACACAGCUUCUUCCUGCAGAAAAACAAACCUUUGAUCUCUACCUGAGAAGCCAUGUCCCUUGUGCUGUCUCUUGCCUGUCCCACCUGUGCCCUCCCCUCCAGCUUGUAUUUAAGUCCCUGGGCUGCCCCUUGGGGUGCCCUCCCCACUCCCAGGUUCCCCUCUGGUGUCAUGUCAGGCAUUUUGCAAGGAAAAGCCACUUGGGGAAAGACGGAAAGGACAAAAAAUAAAUAAAUAAAUUUCCACUGGCCCUCGGGUGAGCCGAGGGUUUUUGCAAGGAA